CAAUCAUCUGAAAGGUCUCAUGAUGUUAAAGGUUAACAUACUUCUGUCACUACUUCAAUGGAUAAAAUGCUGACGGGAAAAGUAGCAGUCAUAACGGGAUCAGGACAGGGGAUAGGGAAAACAUGCGCCGAGACAUUCCUGAAGAAUGGAGCGAAGGUGUGUCUGUCUGACGUGGUCAUUGACCGACUUCAAGCCACAUAUGAAGAGUUCGAACGUCAGUAUGGGGCUGAAAAUGUCCAUCAGAUUCCUUGUGACGUCACAGACAAAACACAAGUAGAAGACCUGUUCAAAGGAACUGUCGACACUUUCGGGGCUAUAGACAUUGUGUUUAACAAUGCUGGUGUGACAGCUUCGGAAGAUUGGGAGAAAGUGAUCCAAAUAAACCAGAUCGGUGUUAUACGCUGCACUUACCUUGCUCUUGAAUACAUGAAGAAAUCAUCCAAAGGUCCAGGUGGAAUAAUAAUCAACAUGGCAUCUUUUGCAGGGUUGUGUCCUUCCCCAUUAGUCCCAAUCUAUGCGAGCUCAAAAUUUGGUGUUGUUGGAUUCACCCUUAGUCAUGCGCUCCAAGCUGAUUUUGUAGACAGUGGUGUGAGGAUGGCGGUCCUGUGUCCUACUUUCGUCGAAACAACGAUGAUAGAUGUUGACAAUAUAAAAGAUUACAUUGAAAAAAUUGGGAUAAUAAAAAAGGAGAAAUUGGCUGAAGUUGUUUUAGAGAUGGUCAAAGAUGAAACAAACAACGGAAAGUGUAUGGUUGUCACCCCUCAGUUAAAUUAUUACAAGGAUGAUUUUCCAAAAGUGGAAGAUGUUUUUCUUUCGGCAGAACAGUCGUAGAAUCUAGGAUGCAUUCUAGAAUCUAAAACUUUGCAAUAUUCGUACAUAAAUUAUGAAGUGUUAUUUUAAGCAUUUUCCAAUUUUGACUCUCUUUGCUUUCUAUUUUUCAAAAUGAAUAUAAAUUUUUUUUAUUAUCAAAUUAAUCAGACAAAUUUUGAUUUACGAUUGCUACUAUCAAUACAUGUUUUAACUAAAAAUUUGUCCUGCGUC